GCUCUGGACGUAGAAUCGACCACUGUCGACCACAUAGAAUUUGAUUAAAGGUUAUUGUUUAGUUUUCGGAAAUGUAUAAACAAAAAACCAGAUUCGAGUGAACCUGGUUGACAGAAGUUUAUGAACGGCGAAUCACGAAUUUAUAAUCCCUUCCGAUUUGGGAGAGGUAUCCAUUUACAUUAUUAUUACCAAGAAAUUGAUGAAUGUCCGACAGUGAUUACGAUUCGGCGAACGAGUACACGAGCCUGAUGGACGGUUAUGUAGCGGAAGCGAAUUUGGACAGGACAGGCUUUGCAGCGGGUCAGCGUCGUUACAAAAGACAUAACCGAGAUGAGGCGCAAAAUGACUUGCCAGAGGUAUGUGUCGCAGGACCAGGUGCAUUACGAACAGAUAACUCAUCCCACAGAGCUGAUCUCAGAAUGGAAGGUCAGGACGGAGAACUUAAUGAUUCCAGACAAGAUAAUGACGAACGGGAAUUAAAGUAUGGAGCGACGCAGGUCAUCAGGUUGUUCCUACCAGUGUCGCUUUGUAUGCUCGUCGUUGUGGCCACUAUAGGCUCCGUUAACUUCUAUACAACCAAAGGAGUAUAUUUAGCAUAUACUCCGUUUCAUGAAGAAAGUAACGAUAUGAGUACAAAAGCUUGGCAAGCAAUUGCCAAUUCCCUUAUACUAAUGGCUCUCGUUGUCUGCAUGACCGUAAUACUCAUCGUUUUAUACAAAUAUAGGUUCUAUAAGGUGAUACAAGCCUGGCUGAUUACAGGUUCCUUGAUGCUACUUUUCUUAUUCUCUAUAUUGUUUUGCGAAGAGGUGCUGAAGGCUUACAACAUUCCAAUGGACCUCAUCACGCUAACGAUUGCUCUAUGGAACUUUGGUGUGGUUGGAAUGAUAUGUAUCCAUUGGCAAGGACCUUUGCCACUGCAACAGGCAUACUUAAUUGUGAUAGCUGCAUUGAUGGCCCUUGUUUUCAUAAAGUUUCUACCAGAGUGGACUGCGUGGGUAGUCCUUGCCGUUAUCAGCAUUUGGGAUCUUGUGGCGGUGCUGACACCAAAGGGACCCUUGAGAAUUCUCGUGGAGAUCGCGCAGGAACGUAAUGAGACGAUAUUUCCCGCUUUGAUUUACUCCUCGACGAUCAUGUACAUGUUCACUAUGAAUUACGCUGGAUAUGCAGAAGUAACAAUGGCAAGUGGAGACGCCUCCACUGCUGAAAAUGUGGCAUCACCCGCACAACCACGAACGCAAAAUCAAACCGAUCCACCAUCCGGAGACACCGAAGAAGGUGAAGCAGGUUUCACUAGAGAAUGGGUUGAGACGCAUGCUGAUCUCAGUACAAGGAGAGCGCAGGAAAUCCAAGAAAACGCCUCCACGGAGAACUCGAGACGUCAACCUCCGGAGUAUCGUACAACUGAAACUCGUCCUGAUAAUCCCCAACAGGUCUCUCUUACAGAAGAAGAGCGCGGGGUCAAGCUGGGUCUCGGAGAUUUCAUAUUUUACAGCGUAUUGGUAGGAAAAGCCUCCAGUUAUGGUGACUGGAAUACAACGCUGGCAUGCUUCGUCGCCAUCCUGAUAGGCCUGUGCCUAACGCUCUUACUUCUGGCAAUAUUUAAAAAGGCACUGCCAGCUUUGCCGAUCUCCAUAACUUUUGGUUUAAUAUUUUACUUUGCCACGCGCGACAUAGUCGCACCGUUUGUGGACAGUUUAGCCAGCGAGCAAGUAUUCAUUUAGACUUAAUUAAAUCUGAACAAUUAUUCAGACAGUGAGUAUAGUUGCGACUCCGUUUUGUGUCAUCUGCGUUUCUCUAACUUUUCUAAUUUAUUACGUCUGGACUGUAUAUUCAGUGUCGAUUUUAUAUAAAGUUUUAUCGAUAUGUAGUCA